GAGGAGGCAAAAAUGUUCUAGAACGUUCUAGAACGUUCUAGAAUUUAAGCUGGUAUAUAAAGCGGAACUAGUUGACGCGCUGCUCCAUUCAAGAAAGUACCAAGCGCCAGGCAGUGUAUGUGCUUUCCGGACGAAUAUUUCUACGUCGAUUUUAACUGAGCAUCAAGAUGUCGACACAAAUGGAAACCGAGGGAGGAGAAGUGGAGACCUUUGCCUUCCAGGCAGAGAUCGCACAGCUUAUGUCCCUGAUCAUCAACACCUUCUAUUCGAACAAGGAAAUCUUUCUUAGAGAGUUAAUUUCCAACUCCAGCGAUGCCCUUGACAAGAUCCGAUACGAAUCCUUGACAGAUCCAUCUAAACUUGACUCCGGUAAAGAAUUGUACAUUAAGAUCAUUCCUAACAGGAAUGACCAUACUCUGACCAUCAUUGAUACUGGUAUUGGUAUGACGAAAGCUGACUUGGUUAAUAACCUUGGUACAAUCGCUAAGUCUGGCACCAAAGCGUUCAUGGAGGCUCUUCAGGCUGGUGCUGAUAUUUCUAUGAUCGGUCAGUUUGGUGUAGGAUUUUAUUCUGCCUACCUUGUAGCGGACAAAGUCACUGUCAUUUCAAAAAAUAAUGACGACGAACAGUACUUAUGGGAGUCUAGCGCAGGUGGAUCGUUCACUGUCAGACACGACACAGGAGAGCCCUUGGGCCGUGGAACAAAAAUUGUUCUGCACAUAAAGGAAGACCAAGCUGAAUACCUGGAGGAAGCUAAAAUUAAAGAUAUUGUAAAGAAACAUUCCCAGUUCAUAGGUUAUCCAAUUAAAUUGGUUGUACAGAAGGAACGUGAAAAGGAACUCAGCGAAGAUGAGGCUGAGGAAUCUGAAGAGGAAAAGGAAGAGAAGAAAGAGGAAGAUGAAGGAAAACUGAAAAUUGAAAAUGUAGGUGAAGAAGGUGCAGAUGACGAUAAGGAAGAGAAAGAAAAGAAGAAGAAGAAGAAGACCAUUAGAGAAAAAUACACUGAGGACGAAGAGUUGAACAAGACCAAGCCCAUUUGGACCAGAAACCCUGAUGACAUUACUGAAGAAGAGUAUGGUGAAUUCUAUAAAUCGUUGACCAACGAUUGGGAGAAUCAUUUGGCUGUGAAACACUUCUCAGUUGAAGGCCAACUGGAAUUCAAAGCUUUAUUGUUUGUUCCACGUCGUAUGCCGUUCGAUCUUUUCGAAAACAAGAAGAGGAAAAAUAAUAUUAAGCUGUAUGUAAGGCGAGUAUUUAUUAUGGAUAAUUGCGAAGAAUUGAUUCCAGAGUACUUGAACUUCAUGAAGGGUGUGGUAGACAGCGAAGAUCUUCCCCUCAACAUUUCUCGUGAGAUGUUGCAACAGAAUAAAAUUUUGAAGGUCAUCCGCAAAAAUCUUGUUAAGAAAUGCUUGGAGCUCUUCGAAGAACUCACAGAGGACAAGGCUAAUUACAACAAAUUCUAUGAACAAUUUAGCAAGAAUAUUAAGUUGGGUGUCCAUGAGGACAGUACCAACCGUAACAAAUUGUCUGAUCUUCUGAGGUACCACACUUCUGCUUCUGGAGAUGAAUCAUGCUCUCUUAAGGACUAUGUAGGCAGAAUGAAGGAGAACCAGAAACACAUCUACUUCAUCACUGGAGAGAAUAAGGAACAAGUUGCAAACAGUUCUUUCGUUGAACGCGUAAAGAAACGUGGUUUUGAAGUAGUUUACAUGACUGAACCCAUUGAUGAAUAUGUUGUACAACAACUGAAGGAGUUCGAUGGAAAACAGUUGGUAUCUGUCACCAAAGAGGGAUUAGAACUUCCUGAAGAUGAGGAGGAGAAGAAGAAGAGAGAAGAGGACAAAACCAAGUUCGGAAACUUGUGCAAAGUAAUGAAGAACAUUCUUGACACCAAGGUUGAGAAGGUCGUAAUUUCAAACAGAUUGGUAGACUCUCCCUGCUGUAUUGUUACAUCGCAGUACGGCUGGACUGCCAAUAUGGAAAGAAUUAUGAAAGCUCAAGCUCUCAGAGACACAUCUACCAUGGGAUACAUGGCAGCGAAGAAACAUCUUGAAAUUAAUCCAGACCAUGCUAUCAUUGAAACUCUGAGACAAAAAGCAGAGGCUGACAAGAGUGACAAGGCAGUAAAGGAUUUGGUAAUUCUGUUGUUCGAGACUGCUCUGCUUUCGUCUGGCUUCACUUUGGACGAACCACAAGUCCAUGCUGCAAGAAUUUACAGAAUGAUCAAGCUGGGUCUUGGUAUCGACGAGGAGGAACCAGCACCUGAAGAACAGGAACAAGAAGCCGCUCCCACCGUUCAAGAAGAGGACGACAUGUCACGAAUGGAAGAAGUAGAUUAGAUAUAAGAUCUGAAUAUGACAUAAAAAGUUAAUGUCAUUAUAGUCGUUAAAAGACUGUUUUAAAUAACCACGUUUUAUGUGGUAUUAAUAGCCAUCUUCAUUUUCAUUUCCUGUAUCAUAAAGACCCUUACUUAAUUUAUCAUACCAAAUUAUGUUUAAAUGCCAAAAAUUGUUUGGAAUAAGUUAAACUUACAAUAAAGUAAUGUUUAUUAUA